GGUUAGUGCACAUGUUCAGUGUAGAGGCUGCUUUUUGAUUUGAAGGAUAUGUUGGAGAGUACUUGCUCACAACGUGAAAUAUCACAUUUGUGACAAUAUGGAAAGCAAACUUUUAUAUCUGAGAGUCUGUGCUACGCUGGUUUUAGUCUUGUUUGCUGUCAGAGGUGUUGCACAAGAAGAAAUGCAGAGUAAAGGUUGUAUUUGUGGAUAUCCUGGGAUCCCGGGAGACCCAGGACACAAUGGGAUGCCAGGUAGAGAUGGCCGGGAAGGACUCACAGGCGAGAAAGGAGAUAAAGGAGAAACUGGUCCUAUUGGAUCACCAGGAAUUGGGGGCCAAAACGGAGACAAAGGGGAUACAGGUGCAAUUGGCCCAGUUGGCCCCAAAGGUAAAAGAGGGGACAAUGGAGAAAGAGGACCUCCAGGUAAAAUGGGCCCCCAGGGGGUCCAGGGGCCCAUAGGCCUUAAAGGAGACCAGGGAGAGAUUGGACUGCCAGGACCAAAAGGACCUACUGGGGCUCCAGGGCCCCCAGGACCAGAGGGUCCCAAAGGGGAUGUUGGGCUAAGAGGGGACAGGGGCAUUCAAGGCCCACUGGGGCCCCCUGGUCGUCUGGGGCCUAAAGGGGAAAUUGGGGUUCCUGGACACAAAGGCAGCAUCGGCUAUCGGGGGGAGAGAGGAUCUCGAGGUGAUAAGGGUGAGAAAGGUGAGAAAGGAGAAGCAUUUGCAAUAUUUAAGAGUGCCUUCUCUGUGGGACUCACUGCACAAACUAAACUCCCAGCAGCCAAUGCACCCAUCCGGUUUGACAAGAUUAUUUACAAUGUACAGAAUCACUAUGAUGUACAGACAGGGAGAUUCACAUGCUCUGUAAGAGGAGCUUACUAUUUCACCUACCACAUCACCGUUUUCUCCAGAAAUGUGAAGGUUGCCCUUGUUAAGAAUGGGGCAAAGAUCAUCCAUACAAUGGAUAACUACCAAAGCAGCGAGGACCAGGCGGCAGGAGGCGCUGUACUGCACUUAGAGGCCGGGGACAAGGUGUGGUUGCAGGUGGCUGGAGGGGAGCUCUUCAAUGGACUAUUUGCUGAUGAAGAUGAUGACACCACUUUCUCUGGGUUUUUAAUUUUUGCUGAUGAAUAAAUAUUGUUUCUGCUCUGGCAAAUCUU